AUGAGACUGGAGUUCUCCUUGGUUUUUGUGUGCCUCCUCACCUGGUUGCACCGCUGCUCCGGCGAGGGCCACCUGAAACGCUUGAGCAGAUCGCUGAUCUUUCCGCCGACGAGUCCCACGCGUGUGCAGUUCAUCGGUGGCAUAGGUAUUCCCGUGGAGGGCCUGCACUUCGAGUCGGUGACCUCGGGCUAUGUGCUCAAGGCGGAGUACUAUCUGCCCACCAACUCCACGGAGAUCACAAGGGUCUACCUCAAGCCCAUGGCCAUUACGGGCAGGGAGGAGGAUCAGGAGUCCACCUAUGGAGCAUUGUAUCGCUGGAUCAUCUACCGGGGCAUAGAGAUGGUGCUCGAGAACAUGGGUAUGCCGGGCAGGAGUUGCCUCCUGAGACUGAUCUGUGAGCAUGCUGCACUGCCUCUGAACCACGAAAGUGGCUUGCUGGGCGAGAUUAUGGACAUAGUACUGCGUCCCUCCACUUCAGUGGACCAGUUGGGACAGUCCUCGGAUCGGGAGUACCACACUUCGGAGCACUUUGGCCACAGAGGCGGCGAUUGCCAGGCGGCCUAUGCCUCGAAGUGCCAGAAAUCCCCCCUGGAACUCAUGAGUUUACUGCUCGCAGUCAAUGAAUAAAGUCGUUCUAGCCACAAAUCAAAUGAAUAUCAAUUCUUUUUGCCUCCACAAUCACGUACGCCCACAACUGGAGGGUGUGACAAUUACAAAGUUGAUAAACAUUUUAAUUAGUUUGGCGCACUGGCUGCGUGAUCUGCCUGGUAAUCAGCAUCAAUUGUAAUUAAGGACACGCCGGCUGACGGGGCGUAUGCGUAAUGUGUGAAAUCGACAUGCAAACAGGAUCACUAGUGUGCUUAACUCGCUUAAAUUUAAAUGGCAAACAUAUACGCUACUUGCCUGAAUUAUGUGUGGCGGCUUGGCCCGGAAUUUACGGCCUUCUCAUUAAGUAAUCCCACCUCCUAAUGGGCUUAGUGA